ACGCGGCAUAAAUUCCAAAAGUCUUCACGCUGUCUCCCAACUAGAAUAGUUUCUACUGGAUUUUUCACCGACUCGGAUAAAUUAUUUAUUCUCGGGAUAACAAUAAGAUCGUGCAGAAACAUGCCUGACAAGAACAGUCGGCUGCGUCAGGCUCAGGAAGAGGCGGAGGAGGUGAAGGUCAUCAUGAUGGACAACAUGGAGAAGACAGAGGAACGCAAGGCAAAACUGCAGGACCUUGAUAAAAGGGCUGAGGAACUGGAUUUUAAAAGCAAGUCCUUCCACAAGACCUCAAAGAAGUUGAAGCAGCAGAAGAAAUUUGACAACAUCAAGGCCAAAUGGAAGCUCAUUGCUGUUGUUGCAGCCUCGGCCAUAAUUGUCAUUCUAGUAGCCACCUUCAUGUUGGUCAACAGAUCUAGCCCUGAAAACACACAUGAUAUAGGCAGUAUCCCAAUGAACGAAGGAGGCAUUACACCAACAACCAUUGGGCCUGGGAAGUAGGCUACAGCCUAGAAUCAAUAGGGCUGAAAAGGAAACAAAUAGUGGACACUACUUGAAGGAUACUACUAUCGGUCAAAAGUAUUUUCUAGCUUCUGUUGUUGAUACUUUACUUGUCUCUAAUGGGUGUACAAGGACUUCUACAGAUCCAUCAGGGAAGAUAAAUAAUUUAUUAGGUGCAAAACUUGUUAAAGAAUUCCAUUAUUCAGAAUCUUGUUGGGAUUACCAAUUAUCUGUAAACUAUUACAUCUGAUAAUAUUGAAAUCAGAAAAGGUAAGACAUUAGGGGUGAUGACGAGAUAGAUUUGAUCUAUUUCCUUUCAACAGCAUUUAUAAUGCAUUACUGUACAUCUUGGGAUACAUAACUAAGGUUAACCUGAACAUAAAAUAGUUGUAUUUUGUAGUUUAUUUGAAAAUACCAUCUUUUCAAAUACUCGUGGCAAUCAUUUCCUUUGAUAUUCAAAUACAGGUCUCAGAAAAAAAUAUAUAUUUUGAAUUCGUCUUUCAGAAAAUACUGCAGAGAAAUACCUAUUUUUUUGAAAACAAAAUAUUUUAUGGUUGCCAAAUAUUUUAUGAAAAACCAAAAACUACAAUAGUUGAGUUGAAAUAUAAUGACCAUAAGCACAUGGUUUGGAGGGCUCCUAGAUAUGAAUCUUAAUAUAGCCUAGAAUUAAAUACAUGAAGGACAUGGAAUCCCCUCAACAGCUUAAAAAUGACCAACAAAUAUACAGUAUUUUCAUAAUGAUUGAGACAAGGUAAUAUAGUAACAGUUGACAUCAAGUUCUUAUACAUGUGUAGUAAUUUUGUGACAUUGUUGUUACAUAGGACUUUGGAAAUUGCUUUAUAAUUGCACAAAGGAGUUAUUACACAAGUGGAAUAAGGAAAGUCAUUAUUCCUCGUGUACAGUAGUUACAAAAAUUCAGCUCAUUGCUAUGCAAUUAAAAUGCAAUUACCAAUUAUGUAACAUGCUAAUAAAAUGUUGCUUCAAAAGUAAUUACAGUUUUAUUACACAGGCACAAGAACAGUUAUGUUAAGUGGAAUGCUAAUGGUUACAAAAUAUAGCUAUUAAGUGUCAAGGAAACGAAUUCUCAAAACUGAAAUAACUAUAGCCAAGGUAGGUGGAAAAUCAUGUUAGUUCGUAUUCUGAGUAAACUGUCUCUUUAAAUAUGUUAUAGUGUGUGUUUGAAACAACACUUACCCACAGAUGGACAAAGAGGUUCCAAGUUGGUUUUGCUAAGCAUCCAACUUGCUGUUUGCAGAUGGCUUUUGAAUUUCUCUGCAGUAAUUUCAGGUAUCAUAAAAUGAAUUGCAACUUUCUACCUUUUCAGUGGCAUGUUGAAAAAGUCAUACUGUAGUUGAACGUCAACUGAUUUAUACUUAUCUUUACAAAAUAUCAUUGGUUUGACUUGAUUAUGUACACCUAUGGCAAUGGACAUUUACAGAAUGUUCAGAUAUAAAUGUAUUGUAUAUAUCAAAUAUGACUGUCAAAUAGAUUGGAAUAGUAUAGGAGAUUGUGUGUGCUCUAUUAAUUAUAUUUCUAUCUUCAACAUGCAGUUGCAGAUAAAGUUUGUUAGUUGAAGGCAGACAAUCCAAUAGUUUCUUAAAAGUAGUCACUUCCUGAGAUCGGUAUUGAAAUAUAAAAAAAAGGUACUUGCUUUAUCAGUUGCGUAUUUAAAUGGUUUUAGAAAGUAGUCAUUUUUUGGGAUCUAUAUUCAAAUACUUUUAGUCACCUCCAAAGUAACUAUUUGUUCCCCCUUAAAAAAUGGUUACCUUCCACAAAGCAUAGUUAAAACUAUAGUUAUCCCAGGUCUGAACCUGAAUAACCUCACAUUUUCAAUGACACCAUUCAUUUCCCAAAGAGAUAUAUCCAAACAAAAAUGUGUGUUUAUAUUUUACUGAAGGUACACCACCAUUUACUCUGCCAUUCUUGAAGGCCUAGUUGAUAGACAUCACGUGUUGACAAAACAAGGCAUUCCAUUGUCAAGAUCAGGAUUUAACUGACAAUAUUAUUCCCUUUAAAAUUGGUCUGAGAGAUGUUGUAUUUCAACAUGCAACACAAUUUUUAGAAAGGAGUGUAAUGUCCCUCAAUGCUGAACAACUGAUUGAUAGUCACAUUAAAUAAUAGGCAAUAACAAAAAUGCCCUUGAUUGCUAAAUAACUGACGUAUGUAGUGUAAACACUAGAUGGGAUUAUGUUGUUGACAAUGACACCUGUUCAACCCUUUUAUAAACAGUCAACAGGAACUCCCCAAUAGACAGCUGUGUCUAGUUCAUUGACCAGUUGAAUGGACAUUGAGUCAAAAAUAUGUUUUGUUAUCGUGGAGUUGCAUUAUUGAUUUAUUUUAUCCAGUUGAUUAAAAAAAAGUACAUUAAC